AUUGUACAGCCAAAACAUUUUAAAAAUGUAUCGAACGUAUCGAAGUCACGUUCAUUUAUCUAAGCAAGUAAUUCGCAUAUUUAUUUAUUUAAAAUUAAAAUCGGAACGAUAGAAUAGCAAUUAUAAAACAUCAAUCAAAUUUAGUAAUAGAGUUAGAAUAAUUAUUUCAGUAAGAUGUAGCGGAACGGACUUUACUACGAUCAGUGCGGCAUAGUGGGGGAAGCCCUACUCCUACAAUGAGACAUAGUGGGAGAAGCCCUACUCCAUCAAUGAGACGUAGAGUGGGGAUGUCUCUUACUACGAUCAUACGGUGUAGUGGGGACGCAUUCCAUUACGACGAAGGCAUUGAGAGGGGAAAGAAUCAGGAUCGACGCGAAGUUAUUAUCCUGUCAAUAAUCGAAUUAUCGGAUAUCUUACAUUGGGCGCGUAUUAAUCUUUCUCGUAUAUUAGCUCGCAUAUCGUAAUGUUAACUCGUAUAUUAAAUUAUUUCGUAAUCUUAACUCGUGUAUUUCUUUUCGUGUAUUUAUUCAUAUUUAAAGAAAUAAUUAUUAGAUAGAUAAAUAUAUAAAUAAUUAUUAGAUAGAAAAGAAAUAAUUAUUAGAUUAUUAAUAUAGAUAUCAAAUUUGAAUAAUGACUUAUAAUUGCUUUUCUAUUGCUUCGAUUGCAGAUGAAUACGCAAAUUAUACGAAUUUAAAUAAAUGACACGCACUCAAAAUAAAUGUCUUUUGUGCGAUAAGUUUCGAAUAGAAAUCGAAAUGGCGAUAAUAAAUCGAGAGAUAAUAAAGAGAUAAAUCGUUAGACAUAAUAUCAUUUGCGAUACAUUUACGAGCAAUAACUAUUUCCGUAUCUUACGAUGCUUGAAUUAGAAUAGAUAUCUUCCGACGCAAUUUCGAACUUUGCCAAUUUUAAUAUAAAUUUAUAUCUAUCAUUAUCGAAUCGAGAGCGCGUCGUGACGCACGAAGCGAAUGAUAAGGAGAACAAUCGUUUGGCGUUCAUUUAUUUUGUAACGCGUUAAAUAUUUCGCGAUGUGAAUAUUUUGUAACGCGUUAAAUAUUUCACGAAAUGACGCACAAUGAGUUCGGCGCAUACCCAUCUCAAUGUAACGCGAUACAUUGUUUACAAACGCCGUGACCUUGUCAUUUACGUCGCGACGCUCGAGCGAGCAUGUCGUCUCUCUCAUCGCUUCUCAAAACGGGAUAUAUUAAAUCUUUUCUAUAUUAAUAAUACAUACUUUUCGCAAGGUUUAUUAAUAUACUAUACUUACAGUAACGAGUUUCGGUUGUAUAGUAUUAUAUAUUAUUGGGCAGCUCAUCGCAUUUUAACUAGCUGAUUAAUUCGAUUUGUCUCCACCAUCUAAAAUUUAUCAUUUACAUUAAUUUGCGAUACAUAACGGAUAUCUAAUAGAUAGUAACUUAUUUGUUCUAAAGAUAAUAAUAGUACCUUUCUCGCCUUAUUUUUUUAUGGCAAUGUUGUAAAAUGCACGUCACGUAUGACUAACGUCGUGCUGAUUAUUGUAUUCUAGUACGCGCAGACGUAAAUAAUGAUAAAUUUUCGCGAGUGAGUGUUAUGUUAAUGCUGUGGAGAACAAGAGGAGGAGAAAUCUCCCGAUGAAGUAUCCUGCUAUGGAGCAGCCGUUAUGGAUGAGGCGCAGUACCUGCAACAAUAGGAAUCAUAGAUGGAAAGGUGCAUGUUGGUUUAAAUAAUGAACAGUUGGAGAUCCUAUCUAAAGCAGACUCUGUAAAGACCAUGAAGUGUUCACGUAGGGAUAUCUGUUUCAUUGCAUCGAAUGGAUUAAAUGGCGGUACCACUGUCAGUGCCACAAUGUUGAUUGCGCACGCAGCAGACAUUCCAAUAAUGGCAACAGGUGGUAUUGGUGGGGUUCAUAGAGGAGCUGAUAUAACUUUUGAUAUAAGUACAGAUUUGAUUGAACUUGGACGUACACCGGUAGCAGUUGUUUGCUCCGGUGUUAAAUCUAUUUUGGAUAUUGGCAAGACCUUGGAAUAUUUGGAAACUCAAGGGAUACCAGUGAUAAAAAUUGGCGAAACGCCAGAAUUUCCAGCUUUUUAUUGUUCCGAGACAUUGGAUAAAAUAAAAGCGCCAUAUAGAGUUUCCAAUGCUAAGGAAGCAGCUGAUAUUGUGGAGACGCAAAGAGCCCUGGGCAUUAACACAGGGAUAUUAUUUGCAGUGUCGAUUCCCGAAAAAUACACAUUGAAGCCUGAUAUUGUAGAUACUGCUAUAUCUGAAGCUUUAGAAAGAGCCAGUGCCAUGCAUAUAACAGGCAAGCAAGUUACACCAUUCCUUCUGAACGAACUCAAUAAUAUUACAUGUGGUCAGUCACUUGAAGCAAAUAUAGCUCUUAUAGAAAAUAAUGCCAAAGUCGCGGCUGAGAUUGCUAUGAAUCUCUGCGAAAGAUCUCAAACGACUUGUGUAGAACCUGCACCGGUACGAUCGAUAAUAUCGAAGCAAAAACCGGUAGUGAUUGGUGGGGCUGUCUUGGACACUGUUGUGCAAGUGAAGGAGUCGAAAAUAAACAUAGCAGUGCUACUCGGCUAUCUAGAAGAUAUUCGAAGUUGCGGAUUUUUUAAUCCACACAUAUCCGAGCAGUCGUCUAUUAGUACAUUGUCACCGAAUAUAGGAUUUUUGCAGUACGAUGGCAGAACACACGUCGGACAAAGCAGACGCAGUUGCGGCGGAGUUGCUCGAAACGUUGCCGAUGCUCUGAUCAAGCUCGGUUUGGAGAACACGCGGUUGAUAUCCGUCGUUGGUAACGACGAGUAUGGAAAGGUCAUUCUCGAGAGUUUAGGAACCGGCGGCGAAAUUGUAAAACGGAUGUCGGACAUGAACACCGCCAGAUUCACGGUGAUAGUGGACGUCAACGGUGAAUGUCACUUCUGUGUCAGCGAAAUGGAAUCCUUCACCGCGGUUACCCCGGAGUUGAUAAGAGAGUGUCAAUCGCAUCUCGAAGAAGCUAGUCUUAUCGUUCUCGACGGAAACCCCAGAUUGGAUACCAUGCGCUGCGUGCUCGACAUCGCGUCGCAAGCGAACGUCCCAGUCUGGUACGAGCCUACGGAUAUUCAAACGGCAGUAAAAAUAUUCGAAGCUGGACCGCAAUGGAAAAAUGUAUUACAUUUUAUCUCACCCAAUCAGAACGAGUUGAAAGUCAUAAGCAAAUACUUUAAUAUUCCUGUUCCUGAAAACAUGGAUCUGGUGGCUGUGAAAAAUAUAGCUGAACAAUUGCUUGAAUAUAUUCCAAUUGUUAUAACUACUUUAGGACCGCAAGGAGUAUUGGUGACACGCAAAGCUUUGCAAGACAAGCCUUUUUACAACAAGAGUGGAGAACUUAUUACCAAUUCUUCAAUUGCAUCUCGAUUGUAUCCUGCUAUAGAUGGUACAGAAAAAUCGAGUGAAAUUGUCAGUGUAAGCGGCUGUGGAGAUUGCCUUACAGCUGGAAUAAUUUAUGGAAUUCAUAAGAAUCUAGAUGAAAUCAAUUGCAUUUCUGUAGCUUUAAAAGCUGCUGCACUUUCAUUAAGAUCUUUCGACACAGUUCCAAGGACACUCACAAUGCUCUCUAAUAGUAAUGAAUCUUAAUUGAUAAAUUUCUUUUUAUAAUCAUAAAUUUGUAAUUAAACUAUUGCCAUAAAUUAGCAUUUAGGAUUUUAAUCUGUAUUUUUAUACUUGCUACUAUGUAAGUAAGAUUCUACUGUAUUUUUAUACUUGCUGCUAUACAAAUAAGAUUCUACUGCUACUAUAGUAUAAAUUGCUGUUUUAUAUUAAUUAGAUGCGUAACGAAUUUAAACAAGAUGUUUAUAAAAUCAAUAUGGAUAUCUAUCUGUCGUCACGCCAUUAAAUAUGUUUUUAUUGAUAGUCACCGCUUAAUCAAUAUGAUUAAUAAUUUAUUUUCUACAAUUGUGAAAAACAUCCGAAUCAAUUACAAAUGUAAAAUAAACACGCAAGGUGUUUAAAAUAAAACAGGCGACGCCGUAUUCA